AUGGAAACUGAAAAAGUUGACGAAGACAAAGCGGAAAUAAAGGAUAACAUAAAUCAAUCUCGAGACCACAACAAUGACAACGAAACAACCAAAGAACUCAACAUCGAGUGCAGCGACGUUCAAGAAAAAAAGAAAACGCUCAAAACAUCGACUUCGCAUUUCCACAGGCUUACAGAAGAAAGUUUGAUUCGAAUAGGGCAAAUUAUUGAAGAAGAGAAGAGCCAAAAAUUAUUGGAAAAAGCUGAUCAAGAUGCACAAAAAACAAAAAAAGCAGCCGAAAAAGAGGAGGAAGAAGAUGAUAAACCAAAGCCCGACCCUGAUCUAGAGGCCGGCAAACCACUUCCCAACAGGUACCGAAACUUCCAGCCUGAGCUAUUCGGCGUACCUCUUGAAGACUUUGAUGAAUUCUAUCACAACAGAUAUACUUUUGUGGUGUUGGGAAAAGAUCGAACAAUAUUCCGAUUCAGUGCAUCGAAAGCUUUUUUUCUGUUGAGUCCAUUCCAUCCGCUAAGACGACUUUUGUUUGUCAUGGUUGUCAUACUUGUCAAUUGCGUCUUCAUGGCGAUGAACCACGAGUUUCCAGCUGUUGAAAAUACAUUUUUGGGCAUCUACACAGUUGAAGGUUCCAUCAAGAUGUUGGCUCGUGGUUUCAUCAUGGAGGACUUCACGUACCUUCGCGAUUCCUGGAACUGGCUGGACUUCUUCGUUGUUGUCUCAGCCAUUGUUGGAAUUAAUUGUGGUAUCCAUAUGAUGGGAAUCUCAUUUAGGAUGAGUAAUCAACGCGGCAACCUCAUAAGCGCACACCUUUUGGACCAGCAGAUGUUUCUUCACAUGGAAAUUUUGUUCAAUUAG